AUGUCGAGUUCCCCCCAAAAAACUGCUCAUGGCAAGACGACAUAUGGGUUCGAUAUACUCUUAUCUUCAACGAAUGGCCCCGCUUUCAAUGCAGGUAGAAACCUAUGGUUGCCAGGAUGGUUGAAUGCUGUUAAUGAGAAUAGUAAUUCGCUUUUCUUAACAAUAGGACCUGGGGAUUUCUUGGUUCAUCAUGCUAUUGCUCUAGGUUUGCAUACAACUACAUUGAUUUUAGUAAAGGGCGCUUUAGAUGCACGCGGUUCCAAAUUAAUGCCGGAUAAAAAGGAUUUUGGGUAUAGUUUUCCUUGUGAUGGCCCAGGGCGCGGCGGUACUUGUGAUAUUUCUGCUUGGGACGCGUUUUAUUUGGCAGUUUUCUGGAUGUUAAAUACCAUUGGAUGGGUUACUUUUUAUUGGCAUUGGAAACAUAUCACAUUAUGGCAGGGCAACGUUUCACAAUUUAAUGAAUCUUCCACUUAUUUGAUGGGAUGGUUAAGAGAUUACUUAUGGUUAAACUCUUCACAACUUAUCAAUGGAUAUAAUCCUUUUGGGAUGAAUAGUUUAUCGGUAUGGGCAUGGAUGUUCUUAUUUGGACAUCUUGUUUGGGCUACUGGAUUCAUGUUCUUAAUUUCCUGGCGUGGAUAUUGGCAGGAAUUAAUUGAGACUUUAGCAUCUCAUCGAAACAUCGAGAAUUUGUGCAUAUAG